AUGCCUAGCGCCACAGCAUCCGGGGCGAACCCGGGCGGCGACUCAUCGGCUCGCUCCCGCGACCAUAAUCAGGGAAACCAGGGCAAGGUAUACACAGAAGAGCAAAGGGCGGCCGUCGUGCGUAUUCGAAAAUGCAACCCCGCGGCCUUUUAUGAUAUCCUGGCGCUGGAAAGCGUCAAGACGACGUGCACGGAAGCGGACAUCAAGAAGGCCUAUCGGAAACAGUCCCUUCUUACCCAUCCAGAUAAAAACGGCCACGAACAUGCCGACGAGGCUUUCAAGAUGGUCAGCCGAGCAUUUGGAGUUCUAGGUGACAAGGAGAAACGAGAGAAGUAUGACAAGUUUGGCACCGACCCCGAUAGUCGGUUUGCCAGCGCACAGGCGCAGAAUCCCUUCUCGGGAUUUGCCUCGCGGCAAGCAUCGGGAGGAAUGGGCCGUGGUGGUGCGGGCGUGUGGGAGGAAGAGGUGAGCCCGGAGGAGAUGUUUGCGAGAUUUUUUGGCGGCGGCGGCGGCCCCUUCGCAGGUGAGACGCGAACACGAUCCUUUCAAUCGCCGUCCCGGACUGGUACUGACAGGGCAGCCUUCGACGCAGGUCCCCAGUUUGUGUUCAAUCUCGGCGGCGGCCCGGGAAUUCGCGUCCACCAGUUUGGCGGCGCAAGACCGAGACGACGACCUCGAGAGGCACAGGAAGCCGAGCAGCAGCAAGGCGGGCUGCAGAACCUGAUGACCCUGCUGCCCAUACUGAUCUUCUUCAUCUUACCCAUGAUCUCGUCCCUGUUCACGGGCGGCUCCUCGGGCUCCUCGAUCCCCAUGAGAUACGACGAACCGCAGCCACCGUACACGGAGCGACGCUACACACCCAACCACAAAGUCAAGUACUAUGUCAAUCCUAGAGACGUGCAGUCGUUGAGCAAGUCGAAGCUUUCGCAGCUGGACCACACCGCCGAGGCGAAUUUCAUCCGGUUCCUGGACAACAAAUGCGAGCACGAAAACAUUGCCCAGCGUCGCCUGAGAGAAGACGCUAUGGGGUGGUUCUACGAGGACGCGGAAAAGAUGGAACAGGCAAACCGGUACCCCAAACCAAACUGUGACCGAUUGAGGUCGUUGGGGUACAGGCGGACAUGA